AUGGCUCAUAAGUUCAUCAUGAAUUCCACUCAGGUGUUCAACCGCACGGGUCCAUGCGUUGCUCAUACUUUUGAGAACGGAACGGAAGAUGACAAGCGCAACUUCGACCAAGGAGGCUGCCUCUUUUUGUUCAUAAUGCCAUUUGAUGCAGUCGUGAAUGUGCUGGUUUUUGUGUUCUUGAUGCUCACAAUCCUGUCUUUGGCUGUGAACGGAUUCACUUUGUUGGGACUGGGACACUCGGAGGACCUAUCUUGGGAGCCACGCUACGCCCUGCUGAAGAACUUGAUUCUGAGUGACAUGGUGCAAACCAUCAAUUUGGGCCCCUUUGUGACCCACUGCUUACUGCAGAGAAGCACAAUGAACUUUAACACCUUGUGCCUCCUCCAGUAUUUCACUGGCAGCGUCUGCAUCUUCAGCACCCUCAUCACCAUCACCUGCAUGGCCAUUGAGCGAUACCUGUAUGUGUGCCAUGCCAUCCACUACCUGUCCAUCCUCACCCCUCUGCGCCUGCGCCUCACCAUCUGCCUCACCUGGGUCUUGUCCAUCAGCGUUGGCUGCGUUAACUUCACCCUGCUACACCAGGGGGAAGGGGAGUACGGCACAGCAACCUCUGGACUCAUAUGUGAGCCUGACACCGUGGAACGCCACAUGGGUUUCCCCAGGGCAGCGGCUAUCACCCGCAAGCUGGUGGGCUUCAUCUUCACCCUGCUCUGCAUCCUCAGCUACUUCUUUGCCUAUGUACGGAUGUACCAGGACGCCCGCAACGCUGUGGUGCCCUUCAACACGGUGAACACUCGAGCGCGCAACACUGUGCUUUUCUACUGUGGGAUGUUGUUCCUGCAGCUACUCCCUAUGUUCCUCAAGAUCACCUCGGAUGCUCUGUGGGAGCUGGAGGGCACAGGGGCCAUGAUGACCGCCCUCUCCAGGGCUGGGACCCCGCUGUCCGCUGGAACUCUGCACAUCUCCCUCCUGAUCCUCAUCAUGGUGCCUCCCUGCAUCAACCCACUUAUCUUUGGCAUUCGCAAUUGGGAGGUACGUCAGGCGCUGUUCAGACUCUUCCGCUGGAAGGGCAAAUGCCCUGAGCUGGAGCUGGAGAGGACGUGGGAUCUAGUACGCCCUCUUCCUUCUCCUCGCACUCGCCCUGAGGUGCGUAUCCCCAGCCCGGAACCACCAGUUCUGGCACCACGCACCAGGCCUACAGUGCGCCUUGGCAUUCCCGAGUGUCCGGUGACAGUACCCAGUCCAGAGUGUCCGGUGACAGUACCCAGUCCAGAGCGUCCGGCGACAUCCGGAACCUCCAGCGACGGGCCCCAGUCUGGAACCUCCAACGCCGGGCCCCAGUACGGAACCUCCAACGACGGUUCCCAGUCCGGAAUCUUCAACAAUGGGCCCCAGCCCGGGGUCUCCAGUGACGGUCCCCAGUCCAGAACAUCCGGCGAUAAUCCACACAGCGAGGGUCCUCAGCCCGGGGCCUACAGUGAGGAUCCGCAGUCCAGAGCAUCCGGCGAUGAUCCACGGGUCAGUGCUACAAGAGCGGACUCAGUGUAA